UAUAGUUUCCAUCCCACCAAUUCAUCCAUCUUCCCCUUCUAAGCUUAGCCGUCAGUCCUCAAAUGGCUUGCUGCUGCAAACUCCCCAUCUCAUAUUUCCGGGCCGCCGCCAAAUCCCGCUACCCUUUCCCCAACUGUUCAAUAUCCGCAUUUCCGCCCAUUUACUCUCCUUUCAAUCACCCAAUGAAACCCUUCAAUCCUAGUUCUCUCUCAGCUUCAACAACCGCCGCUGCUCCACCCACUUUCUCUUGGGACGACGUCGUUCGCGUCUCUCUACCCGAGUACAACCCCCUCGAUGCUUCCGAUCUCCGAGGCUUCUUCGAUAAAAUCGAAGCUUGUAACCGUGGCGCUGAAUUGCAAUAUGAGUUCCUUCCUUUUGUUAUCGAAGACCAAGUUGUUGGUUACAUACAUAAAAGUUUUGCUGAAAAUUUAAGAAAAUUUGAGGACGUUUUUAUAUUAUCUGAAGAUAAGUCUGAUGGAGGUAAUGUAAGGCUGCAUCGAUCAUUACAACUGGCCGAUGAUCGAACUAGAGCUGUUGAAGAAGUGAUCAAAUGCUUGGCUGAAAAUAAACUGAUUCCGGGUAUAAGGAAUGAGCUAUAUCCUGUGACAUCAUCGUAUGGCGCCCCAGUUUUUUUCUCCAUUGAGCGUGCUGCCGCACCUUAUUUUGGAAUAAAGGCUUAUGGCGUUCACAUGAAUGGCUAUGUUGAAAAAGACGGGCAAAAAUUUCUAUGGGUGGGGAAGAGGAGUCCAGUGAAACCUACUUUUCCUGGCAUGCUUGAUCACCUAGUUGCUGGAGGACUGCCUCAUGAAAUUGCCUGUGGGGAGAAUCUUAUUAAGGAAUGUGAAGAGGAAGCCGGAAUAUCAAGAUCUCUAGCUAGUAGAGCUAUACCAGUUGGUGCUGUCUCAUAUUCAGAUAUCGAUGGGCACAGAUUCAAGAGAGAUGUUCUAUUUACUUACGAUCUAAAACUCCCAGAAAGUUUUGUACCAAAUAAUCAAGAUGGAGAAGUGGAAAGCUUCAAGUUGAUCCCUGUGAAACAAGUUUCUAAUAUCAUAAAAAGGACACAGUUUUUCAAGUCAAAUUGCAGCAUUGUCAUAAUCGAUUUCCUGUUUCGUCAUGGGUACAUAACUCCAGAAUGUUUUGGGUAUUUGGAUCUUCUACGAAGUUUGAAGAGCGGAGAUUGCUCCUAAAUGUGUACUUUCUUGUAUAAGGUGUCUAAAAUCAAAGCCAUCUCUUAGUCUAAAAUAUACAAGGCGAAUUAUUAUUCAUCACUGAGGGAAAUCAUUAUUAGACAUAUCCCGAGGAGUUGCAAUUGUGAGGCUGAUUCUCUAGCUAAACAGGGGAUUGGAUGAAUAUUAUUAAGUGUCAUAGAGGUUUUCUAGCAGGUUCUUGGUCUAUUGAGGCUGAAGGGGUUGGGAAAGUUUUGUUAUUGUUUAAGGAAGGUUUGGUCGUUUAGGGAGUUUUGUUUAAAUAUUCUGUAAUUUUUAUGGCUUUGACAGUGUGUCUUGGUUGUA